CCUUACACACUCCAUCUUCGUUUUUUUCACUCUCUCUCUCUCUCUAACUUAAAUUUCACUCCUUAACCGCAGCGCCAUUUAAUUUUCUCGCGAACCAAACAGAAAAUCAAACAAAACACUCACAGAAAUCAAAAUUGCAGACUCGCUCUGUCGCUCGCUCGCUCGCUUCCUCACUCUCUGCCUCGCUCUGUUUGAGCUAAGAUGGCCGCUACGGCAGGUGUUUAUAGAAAUGGUAAUUGCAGUAGGAAUUCACUUAGUACUAGCAAUAACAAAGUGGAGAAGCCUCUGUCCGUCAAUUCAAACCCUAAAAAUUCACUAAAGUCCAAGUCAUUGCCGGGCUCGGGGCUCCGUAAGAGCGCUCCUCCUUCUCUUGGCGCCGCUAAAGAUGAUACUGGAGUUCCCGGAAGAGUUAGGGUAGCGGUGAGAUUGCGACCACGAAAUGAAGAGGAGAUGGUAGCUGAUGCUGAUUUUGCUGACUGUGUAGAAUUACAGCCUGAGGUUAAGAGGUUGAAACUUCGGAAAAAUAACUGGGAUUCUGAUACAUACGAGUUUGAUGAAUUGCUGACUGAGUUUGCAUCGCAAAAACGUGUUUAUGAAGUUGUGGCAAAGCCUGUUGUAGAGAGUGUUAUGGAUGGAUACAAUGGGACAGUCAUGGCAUAUGGGCAGACUGGUACUGGUAAAACAUACACUCUCGGACGACUUGGAGAGGAAGACACUGCUGCUCGUGGAAUUAUGGUUCGUGCUAUGGAGGACAUAUUAGCAGAUGUUUCUCUAGAGACUGAUUCUGUUUCAGUGUCCUAUCUGCAGCUGUACAUGGAGACCAUACAAGACCUCCUUGAUCAUGCUAAUGACAAUAUUUCUAUUGUAGAAGACCCAAAAAGUGGAGAUGUUUCACUUCCUGGGGCUAGCAUAGUUGAAAUUAGGAAUCAGCAGAGUUUUGUUGAACUAUUGCGAAAAGGAGAAGCUCAUCGUUUUGCUGCAAAUACAAAAUUGAAUACUGAAUCAUCUCGUAGUCAUGCUAUUCUGAUGGUACAUGUAAAGAGGUCUGUCAAGGGAAGAGAUUCUAUUCUUUCAAGCGAAAAUGGCAACAAUUCCCACAUGGCUAAAAGUUUGAAGCCUCCUAUCGUUCGUAAGGGAAAGCUAGUCGUAGUAGAUCUUGCAGGUUCAGAGCGCAUUGACAAGUCAGGGAGUGAGGGCCACACAUUAGAGGAAGCCAAAUCCAUCAAUCUCUCGUUGAGUGCACUAGGGAAGUGCAUUAAUGCUCUCGCGGAAAAUAGCGCACAUGUCCCAAUUCGUGAUUCAAAGCUUACUAGAUUGCUUCGAGAUUCAUUUGGAGGCACGGCAAGGACUUCACUGGUUAUUACUAUCGGUCCAUCACCACGCCAUCGAGGAGAGACAGCAAGUACUAUUAUGUUUGGACAAAGGGCAAUGAAGGUGGAGAAUAUGUUGAAAUUAAAGGAGGAAUUUGAUUACAAAAGUUUGUCUAGAAGAUUAGAUAUGCAAUUGGAGAAACUUAUUGCAGAACAUGAAAAGCAGCAGAAAGCAUUUGAGAAUGAAAUUGAAAGAGUAACUACUGAAGCAAAACAUCAAAUUUUGGAGUCUGAAAGAAACUAUGCAGUCGAAUUGGAGAAGGAAAGGUUCAAUUAUCAGAAAGAGUAUAUGGAGUCAAUAAAGAAGCUAGAAGAGAAAUGGAUGAUGAAUCAGCAGAAGCAUGCUGGUGAAGAAAAUGCCUCUGGACUAAAAGAUGAAAGUUCAAAUUGGAUAUCUAUUGGAGAGGAUUCCAGGUUAGCUAAUGUGGAGGAACUUUCUGAGAUGAAAAAAAAGCUUCAGAAGGAAACUCUCUUGAGGAAGGCUGCUGAAGAGGAAGUUAAUAAACUUAAAAGUCAACUAGCUGAAUUGAAGAAGUCAGAGGCAUCAGCAAAAUCUGAUAUCUCAAAGCUUCAAAAGAUGCUGGAGGAUGAGGCAUGCCAGAAAGAAAAACUUGAAGGAGAAAUAGCAAUACUACAAAGUCAGCUGUUGCAAAUAAGUUUUGAGGCCGAUGAGACGGCAAGAAGGAUUGAUAAAGGAGGGUCUGAAAAAGUUCCUGGUAGUCUAGAUUCUCUCUUGUUGCAAGUUAGGCAGCCACAGACCAAUGAUUUGGGAAAUGGAGAAAAGUCCUCAAUAGCUAAACUCUUUGAACAAGUGGGAUUGCAAAGGAUCUUGUCUUUGCUUGAAGCAGAAGAUGUUGAUGUGCGAAUUCAUGCUGUGAAGGUGGUAGCAAAUCUGGCAGCUGAAGAAACAAAUCAAGAGAAGAUUGUAGAAGCUGGCGGUCUAAAGUCUUUGUUGAUGCUGCUUAGAAGCUCCAAGGAUGAGACUAUACAUAGAGUUGCAGCAGGUGCAAUUGCCAAUCUUGCUAUGAAUGAAACCAACCAAGAGCUAAUAAUGUCUCAAGGAGGCAUUCCUUUGCUAUCAAUGACAGCAGGCAGUGCUGAGGAUCCUCAAACACUUCGAAUGGUUGCUGGAGCCAUUGCAAAUCUUUGUGGAAAUGAUAAGUUGCAGAUGAAGCUAAGAGGUGAAGGUGGCAUCAAGGCUUUGCUAGGGAUGGUUAGAUGUAGGCAUCCUGAUGUACUUGCACAAGUUGCCCGUGGAAUAGCAAAUUUUGCCAAGUGUGAGUCCAGAGCAUCAACUCAAGGAACUAAGAAUGGAAGGUCUCUUUUGAUUGUGGAUGGAGUGCUUCCAUGGAUAGUACAGAAUGCUAACAAUGAAGCAUCACCAAUCAGACGCCAUAUAGAGCUUGCGCUCUGUCAUUUGGCACAACACGAAGUGAACGCAAGGGACAUGAUAAGCGGAGGUGCGCUCUGGGAACUGGUUCGUAUUUCACGAGACUGUUCAAGGCAAGAUAUAAGGACACUCGCCCAUCAAACGCUAACUUCCAGUCCAACUUUCCAAGCCGAAAUGAGGCGACUGGGAAUAGAUUAUUAAUGAAUUCGAAGUGGCAUAUUGUGUUGAAGAUAUACUAGAGCAGAUCAACUUAAAAAUUGAUUCCGUGUGCAAUGAGAAUGGAUCUCACUUGACAAAAACAAGCAGGAAGGCUUUCAGCAGCUUUGUUCCUGUCGAAGUUUUGUUAUAUAUGGGUAUGCUUGGGUUGGUGCUUUAGACUUGGUCCUCAUAAGUUGAGUAAGCUUUGUUGUUGAUUAUUAAGUUAUCAUCUUGUUAAAACCAUCCCCACAUAGCUGGCAGGUAGUGUAUAAAUUUGUUUGUAUAUCAUAUGAACAGGGGAACACCAUCAUCAAAGUAUUUCUUGUAAAUAAAAAAAUAAAAUAAAACCGAGAUUGAUAUUUGAGCAGUGACUUGUUUUUAUCUCGCAAUAAAAACAAAAAUUUCC